CUAAAUCGACGUUAAAUCGAAUCAAAUAACUAAGCAAGGACAUUAGAUCAUAGACGGGUCUUGAAUCGCUGUGAAAGCAUACGGAGCAAACAACACAGACUUUCAUGCGCGUGAAGUUGAGAGAUCGCUGCUGCGUGACGUAGAGCAUCAUUCGUGCAGCUUUGAAAACAGCAUCGUCGCUCCAUCACCGAUGUCCUCUAAUAUACCGCUGCUGCAGCUGAAGACACGGAUAACAUGAACGGAUCGCCAACGACACAACUACGGGCGUUUAUACUGCGUUUAUGUAUUUAGCAGCGUGUGUACGUACGUGUGUGUGUGUGUGUGUGUGCUCGGAAACCUGACGCGUCAUAGCUCGCUCUGCACCAGCCGAGGCAGGCGGCGGUGCUGAGGAGUCUCUGCCGUCGCAGUUGCAGCCGAAGGAGAGGGGACGAGGCAAGCUCGUGUGAAUGUUGGCCGAGUUCAGGAACGCGGCAGGAUGGCGUCCACGGGCACGCAGAUCUUCGCCUUCGUGCUGGCAUUGCUAGGCAUCCUAGGUGCCACGGUGGCCACGUUGCUGCCCAACUGGAAGGUUAGCGCGGACGUUGGCUCUAACAUCAUCACUGCCAUCUCGCAGAUGCAGGGGCUGUGGAUGGACUGCACCUGGUACAGCACUGGCAUGUUCAGCUGUACGCUGAAGUACUCCGUGCUGGCUCUGCCCGCGUACCUCCAGACGGCACGCACCACUAUGGUGCUCUCCUGCGUGCUGGCAGCGCUGGGAUUGUGUUUGGCCUCUCUGGGUUUAAAGUGCACUCGCUGGGGCGGGGGACGGCGCGCUAAGCGUCACGCUGCCAUGGCCGCCGGCACUUGCUUUCUGGCCUCUGGCUUUCUCUGCCUUGUUCCUGCCUCCUGGUACACAAACGAGGUUAUUGUCAGUUUCCUGGACGCAAAUGUGCCAGAAAGCAACAAGUUCGAGCCGGGCGGCGCCGUCUACGUAGCCUUCGUCUCGUCUGGUUUCCUUUUCGUGGGCGGAUCCAUUUUCUGUCUGUCCUGCUCGGGGAAGAGACACGGCCCCCAGGAUUUGAUACUUCUGCCUCCGGACAAACUCCUCUUGCAGCAGCAGCAGCAAUUGCUCCAGCAGCAACAGCAACAGGACCAGCUCCAGCACCAGUACUGCUCUCUCUCCCCGCUGGACAACAAGACUGGCUACAGCCUGCAGGACUAUGUAUAGGGGACCGAGACGAGUGCAAUGCACUGCCACUCGACCUCUAGGCUCUCGUGAUUACAACACGAAAGGGCGAGAGGGACUGCAACUUUGAAGCAUUUCCCUUAUCGUUUGUCGUCUCUUCUCUUUUUAAGAUCAGCAAGCACAAAACGGUGGAAGU